AUGAAGUUCCCUUUACCUGCCAACACGUUUCCGUCUCUAUCGCUGCCACUGGAUGACCAAGACGCGUUGAAAAACCUGGCGCGCGCCUUCGUGGAUGACGCAAUGGUAGAGUAUCAAACGUUCCGAAGCCCUCCUCUCAACGGCGUUAUCGACGACGCACGUUGGAAGCUCAUCAAGAAGCGGGAUGGCCUCAUCUCCUACCUAGACCGAGAGCUUGGGGACUCUGCGGCGACGAGGAAUUCCGUACGAGAGAGUGUAGGCUCCAUGACUUUCUCGCGAAAGCUACACGGCGUAUUUACCGUCGGAACGAUCAACGGAUCCCUUCACGACCAAAUGUAUGGCAUGCAUCACUGCAGUAUGGAACUCAUGCGGAUCAAGUCAGCGUACAUGGCCGACAAGAUCGCGGACGGGAAAAUUAUCUGUGAAAUCAGCGCCGCAACACCCGAACAUCCCGUGGAUGGUCUCUACGUUAAGUGGAGCGUAUCAGACUUCGCACCCACUUUACUACGUCGAGUAAUUCGACCACGAGACUUUGUCUUCUUGCAUGGCACCGGCAUCAUCGAGGAUGAAACGACAGGCGAGCAGAUGGGCUACAGCGUCAUGCACUCGCUACAAAUUCCAGAUAUCCGAGAAUUGAAGGACUACCAGAUCGUGCGAGCCACCUUAUCUAUCUGUGCGUUAUUCCGCCAGAAAUCUCCAGGAGUUGUCGAAGUUUACAUGAAAGGCUUUGUAGAUUCUAUGGGGGAUAUUCAUACGAGUGUAGCCAUUCCCGCGACGGCAGAGGCGUUGAUGUCGUACCGAAAAGGCGUGUACUGCGGCCAGAUGAAGAAGCUCAACUGGCUGCUUAAGACUAAGAAGACGGUGAUGCUUGAUCGACCCAACGGCAUUUGCCCCGUCUGCCAAAAAACGGUGAAAAAGUCGCUAUCAUCGGAAAAUCUGUGUCAGGUUUGUAUGAAUCAGGUGUGCUCCUCUUGUAGUGUGGUCCAAAAACUGGCGUUCUUGUCCACGUCUCGACGGAUCGUUCGACGCAAUGUGUCAUUCUGUACUCGUUGUAUGCGUGUGGCUGUGAUGGCCGACGGACUGGAAGUCGCGUCGGAAGAGCUUCGUCGGCUGAAUCCACUCGAGUACUUUGAAAUCUCAUCCAACGAUAGCGGCACACCUGCUUCGCCAUCAAACUCGACUUUGCCUGACAUUCAACAGGAAUUUUUCGGCUAA